AUGGCUUUACAUGUCCCAAAAGUACAAAACUAUGCUUCAAUGUUGAAAGAGGGCACGAAGCACUAUGAAGGCCUCGAAGAAGCAGUUUUUCGAAACAUCGAGGCUUGCAUUGCUAUUGCCAGAACUACUCGUUCUACCUAUGGUCCGAGUGGCCAGAACAAGAUUGUUAUAAAUCAUAUAGGAAAACAAUUUGUCACAAACGAUGCGGCGACAAUUCUUCGUGAGCUGGAAGUCCAACACCCAGCGGCAAAAAUGUUGAUAUUGGCAACGCAACAACAAGAGCAGGAAGCUGGUGACGGCACAAAUGUCGUCUUUCAGCUGGCAGGUGCGCUUCUGGAUAAUGCGCGGGACUUGCUUAAAAUGGGUCUCUCCGUAUCUCAGAUAAUUGAGGGCUACGAAAUGGCUUCGAAGAAGGCACUGGAGUUUCUCGAUGAAAUCGUUGUGAAGGAAAUCAAAAACGUGAAAGACAAAUCCGAAGUUGCGCCUCUGAUUAAAACGGCCAUCAUGAGCAAACAAAUUGACAUCAGUGCAUUUUUAUCUGACCUUAUUGCGUCCGCCUGCAUUUCGAUCAUGCCGGAUGACGGAGGCUUCAAUGUGGACAACGUCCGUGUUCUCAAAGUCUUAGGUUCUGGCGUCGACAGCUCUUCUCUGGUCAGGGGCAUGGUUUUCCGAAGAGAUGUUGAAGGUGACGUUAAGGAAGUUAAUAAGUCGAAAAUUGCUAUCUUUUCGUGUCCCCUGGAAGCACUCCAAACAGAGACAAAGGGCACUGUACUCCUCCACACGGCUGAAGAGCUCAAACAAUUUUCCGAGGGUGAGGAGAACCAAAUGGAAAAAUUACUCACAUCCAUCGCUGAUGCUGGAGUUAAGGUCAUAGUUGCUGGUGGCAAGAUCAGCGAACUUGCUCUGCACUACGCCAACAAGCUUGGCAUUAUGUUAGUGCGUCUUGUCAGCAAGUUCGAUGUGCGCCGUCUUUGCAAGUCCACUGGAGCAACUCCCCUGCCCACUCUUACAGUUCCAACGGCCGAUGAAUUGGGCUUCAUCGAACAUGUUAAAAUCGAUGAAAUUGCUGACACUAAUGUUGUUAUCUUCGAAAGAGGAUCAAAGGAUGGUGUUAUGGUGACCCUCGUCCUGCGCGGCAGCACUGAAAACAUUCUGGACGAUACUGAGCGUGCCGUGGAUGAUGGCGUCAAUACUUACAAAGCGCUCACGCGAUCAAAGAAAGUAGUUGCCGGCGCUGGUGCUUGUGAAAUUGAACUGGCUCGCCGUCUUUUGAGUUACGCAGACACCAUCCCUGGCUUGGAACAGUACGCAAUACGCGAAUACGCCCGCUCUUUCGAAAUUAUUGUGAAGGCCCUCUCUGAAAAUGCCGGUGAAAGGGCCACUGAAAUAAUAGCUGACCUCUACGCCAAGCAUCAGGCCGGAGAGAUAAACACUGGUUUUGUUACAAUGCCGAAGAAGGACCCAUCCAUUUGCGAUGCAGUAAAAGCAGAAGUUCUCGACCUCUACAACACGAAACGAUGGGCCAUUCGAUUUGCAUCAAAUGCAGCUUGCACGGUUCUUCGUGUUGAUCAGGUAGGCAUUUUACCGGCUUUUCACUUAUUCCAGGAAUGGAGCCCCUUC